AUGAAUUUUUUGCUUUCUGCAGUUAAAAAUACGAUUUCAUCUAUUAUAAAUCCUUUAAUAGAAAACAAUUGUGAUAUUCGUUUGGCAUUAGUUAAAUAUAAAACUGACGAUGACUCUAGUCUAUCGAUAGUUCAUUCUUUUACAAAAUCAGUCGCCACUUUUAAACAUUGGUUUGCUACUGGUCAUGGAUCAGUAGAACAACAUACUCAAGAUGGAGCUAUAGCAAUCCAUGAUGCUUUGCAAGAAGCUCUUAACCUUGAUUGGCGUACAACGGAUAAUGAUCGAUUUCAUGAAAAUAUUGUAUUUUUGGUUACUGAUGGUUUUCCCUGUCGAAAUUUAGUUAAUCCAACAGAAGUACAAGAUGAUGAUUGUCCAUGUGCUUGCGAUGAUCUAUGGGCAAUCUCCAAUGAGUUCGUCAAUCGCAAUCUUACAUUAGUAAUUGUGGGUAUUGGUCCAAUCGUUGGUAUAUGUGAUAGUUUGUAUGGGGCUAUAGCUAAAAAUACUGGUGGAGAAUAUGUUCCGUUAACAAAUGCUAGUCAUGUUUUAUUUUUGUCGAUUCAAUCAAUAAUAACACAAGGAUAUACAUUGUCACAAUCAUUUCGUCAUAUAAAGGAAGAAGAAUUUGAAAAAAAUUCAUCAUAUCAUCAUUCAAUCAUACAAAAACAAGAUCAAUCUGAAAUCAAACAUUGUCAAAUAAUGGCUCAACAAGGAGCAUGGCUACUAGAUCAUUUUCAUCAUGUUAAUUCUUAUUGA